ACCAGGGCAACAAAAAAAAAGGGCACUUUUCUCAGGCUUGUCACUUCCCUGGUCUAGGAUUUGGAUCACUGUGAAGCGCACGUUCGGCCUCUUUCCACAAUACCUUAGACACGCCUUGACGACACCCUCGCAAACAUGGCUGUAGGAAAGAACAAGAGACUGUCCAAGGGCAAGAAGGGCCUCAAGAAGAGGACCGUCGACCCCUUCACCCGCAAGGACUGGUACUCCCUCAAGGCUCCCUCGCCUUUCAACAUCAGAGAUGUCGGCAAGACUCUCGUCAACCGGACGACCGGUCUCAAGAACGCCAACGACGCUCUGAAGGGCCGCAUCUUCGAGGUCUCCCUCGCUGAUCUCCAGAAGGAUGAGGACCACGCUUUCCGCAAGGUCAAGCUCCGGAUCGACGAGGUCCAGGGCAAGAACUGCCUGACCAACUUCCACGGCCUUGACUUCACCUCGGACAAGCUCCGGUCGCUCGUCCGCAAGUGGCAAUCCCUGAUUGAGGCCAACAUCACCGUCAAGACUACCGACGACUACCUCCUCCGUGUUUUCGCCAUUGCUUUCACCAAGCGCCGGCCCAACCAGGUCAAGAAGACCACCUACGCCGCCACUUCUCAGAUCCGUGCCAUCCGCAAGAAGAUGACCGACAUCAUCCAGCGCGAGGCCACCACCUGCACUCUCCAGCAGCUCACCUCCAAGCUCAUCCCCGAGGUCAUUGGCCGUGAGAUUGAGAAGGCUACCCAGGGCAUCUACCCCCUCCAGAACGUCCACAUCCGCAAGGUUAAGCUCCUGAAGGCGCCCAAGUUUGAUCUUGGCUCCCUCAUGGCUCUGCACGGCGAGUCUACAACAAACGAGGACGGCCAGAAGGUUGAGCGGGAGUUCAAGGAGCGGGUUCUCGAGACUGUUUAAAUGCGACGAUGACAUGAGAAACUCUGGUCAUGGAACGGCGUGGGGUCUUUUACGCAAUGGCAUUAGGUCUCAUUUCUGAUUUGCAUUGGCGCGGUACGGUAGCCGCGAACACGGCAUCCUCUCAGAGAAGAUUAAAAAAUGGGAAUGGCUUGCUGAAACAGUAAUCACUUGGUCUGGCGUUUUAUCAAAACAAUCUGUGAAAUCAUAUCUUAUCCUUGUUCCACGGUGAAUUGGUAUGCGUGAGAGAGCACUCAAACUCACUCAUUCCAACCGUGGUUUGGUACGCCAAAAACGCCAUCAGCAAAGCCAUCACUGCGGUCUUCGCCAGCAUGACACCCAGUAGCCUAGCAUGAAAGCCACGUAUAACAUAGCCCUUUCCUGCGUC